GGUCGCUAUCCGGGACUGCGCUGGGAGGACCGGCAGAAAACUGUCUUCCGCAUCCCUUGGAAACACGCCGCUAAGCAGGACUACCGCGAGCCGAAGGACGCGGCGCUCUUCAAGGCCUGGGCAGUCUACAAGGGCAAGUACCGGGAAGGGCUGGACGAAGCCGACCCCUCCGUCUGGAAGACGCGUCUCCGCUGCGCGCUCAACAAAAGCCCCGAUUUUAAAGAGGUGCCCGAGAAAAGCCGCUUGGAGGCUCUGGAGCCUUACAAAGUCUACCAGGUGGUCUCCCCCGAGGCGGCCCAAGACGCAGAGAUGGAAAGUGGGACAGACUCACCUCUGCAGCUGAAAUGUCCCUUGGCACCAGGAUUUGAAGCCGCCGCAGCCCAUGGCUUGUCAGAGAAGGUAAGCCUGUGGGUGGGAUCUCUUCAGAUCCUGUAAAGGAUCGUCAGAACAGAUCCCCACUCAAAGAGAUCACUGCUCACCUACACAGCAGGUUUUUUAAAAAAAACACCAGGUUGCUGAGGAUGAGGGUCCAGAGGGAGGAAUAUUUGCAUUUUCUUGCCUUAAAACUUGGUUUUGGCAAAGAAGCAUUGGUUGGUGUUACGUCUUGAAUGUAUGUGGAGGGUUUCUCAACCGUGGGCCCUUGAAGGUGUGUGGACUUCAACUCCCAGAAUUCCCCAGCCCACAUGUCGGAAAAGGUGACAUUUUGACUGUGGAAUUAAU